AUGAUGGAUGACAUUGAGGAUGACAGUAAUAUAUCUGUAAGUGCGAGUGUUUCGGACAAUAAUGAGACGCAUGAACCUUUAUCUCCCUUGUCAUCAAGCAGCACUGCCGAUAUCGCCGCCGCCGCCUCUGAGUCAUCGCGUCAAUUGCGGCUUAUUUUACUUGACGGUACAUAUUUUAAGCACUUGCCUGAAGAAUCAUCGGGCAAUAAAAUCACGGCUCUGUGCAUGAAAUGCCCUAAAGAUAUGAUGACAAAAGUUAAAGGGUGUAACAAUUGUACAUCUAAUUUCCUAAGCCACUUGAAAAGAAAACAUGGACAACAAUGCAUCGAGGAGUACAAAACAUACGUUAAGAAAAAGAGGGAAAAUUAA